AUGGCCCGGCCUAAGAGCCAGAACGCAGAGCCUGGCUUGCAGAGGCCGGACUCAAGGUGGGGCUACAGCAAGGACACGCUGACUAAAGUCCUCGCUUACAUCAGGGACGAGGCACCCAUCGUGAUCCAUGUCGACUUGGUGAAGUACGUUUCGUCCUUUCAAGCCGACACCCACUACCGAAAUCAGUUCGAGACACGGACGACGGGGGGCUCAAGCGACCUUGGCAAGCGGAAGGCCUGGGAAAGCCGGCUCUUCCCCGAAAGCUACGACGAGGCGCAGCACUUUGACCGUGUCAAGUACGGCGUCCUGAACGCUGUGAAUGACCCGCGUGGUAUUGUUUCGGUGGCCAAGCAGUACGGACAGGACUACCUUGUGCUCCGGGGUGCCCGGCUGCGAACCACUUUUUCGGACCGAGACUCCUGCACACAAGGGCAACAAGCUUCUUGCGAAUGGUAUGCCCACGUUCUGGAGAAGUACACAGAUGCCGAGCUUCAGGCAGUGACCGAGGUUGCUCUUGGAGAUCGCCUAUAUGUGGACUCCACCGUGCUUGACACGGAGAAGGCUGGAGAAGACCUUCUGGCCAAUUUGCAUUCUCCUGUCAUCAUCGAUGCCCGGGAUCCUGGAGAGGUCGAGGGGAAGAAGGGAGGCGAAGCGCUCGAGGGCUGCAUCCACGUGCCGUUGAACAUGGAUGGCAUGAAACAGUCGGACCGUCCAACAACGAAGGAAGAAUUCCUGGAGAAGCUGACUGCUGCAGAGGCUUUGCCCAAAGAUCAGUCGCAGCCCAUCAUCACUCACUGCGGCAACGGUGGCAGGGGCGGCAAGGCCGCUGCGCUGCUCCGGGACCUGGGCUACUGGAAUGCCCAUAACGGCGGCUCGCCGGACCGGAUCCGGGAGGCACGGAGAAAACCACCGGCUGCUGCACCGCUCUCGCAGCCGCCCGCAGUCGCCGAGAGCUCUGUUCUAGCCGGCUUGCAUGAUCCCGUCAUUAUCGACGCCAGGGAUUCUAACGAGGUGGAAGGACUGAAAGGCGGCGCGGCCCUUGAAGGCUGCCUCCACGUUCCGAUGAACAUCGACGGCAAGAAGCAGACCGAACGGCCCACCACCACAGAAGAGUUCUUUGCAAAGCUCCAAGCUGCAGGUGCACUUCCCGCAGAUCUGGGAAAGCCCAUCAUCAGCCACUGCGGCAGCGGCGGCCGUGGAGGGAAGACAGCACUGAGACAGAUGAACGGAAUCUAUGGAAAGUCAGAUGACGAUUCGACAGCGAAUGGGAAGUUCGUGGAGGGCAGUAUGUCUGCCCAGGUAGAGUUUUUCCAGAAGUUGGUUCAACUUGUGGAGGUGCAGAUUCACGGAGAGAUUGAGUUCAAGAAGCAUAUCGAAGCUGUGGUGGUGCAUCCUUCCCGGCGCAAAGGCAAACAUCUUGAAAAGAUAGAAGCCUGGUGCCGCGCGAUCAAUGUUCCCCUCCUGCGAAUGCCCGAGUACUGCGACGGCACGGCCUUCGAUGCCCCCUGGCCCCACGCCUCGGGGUCCCAGCUUGUGGCGGAGACACCCCUCUGGAGAUGGAGACCCUUGCACUCCACUGGACCUUGGGUGAGGUUCGAUGUUAUUUCGUCCUCAGUCCUGGAGGCCCGACGGCGGGAUGUCAGCGAUGAGCUCCCCUGCCUCCCUGCGGGUAAUGUCUGCAACCUGAACCUCUCGGCCAUGACCGCCAGAGUCUUCGUGGACCGGAGCGAGGUCGAGCUGAGCUUGCAGCGCCGCACUGCUGGCGCAGGUGCUCGGGAGCGUGCGAGCGAAAACCGAUCUCGCAACCACAAAUCCUUUGUUUGGGAGUGGUGCGCUUCAGCGAGCGGCCACGGCUCUUGGUGUGCAUACGACGCGGAACGCACGUCCUCGCUUGAGAAGGCCUGGUGCAAUCGCCUUUCGCGACUGAGCUUCAGCAUGAACGGAGUGAAUUACAACGUCGACUUCGAGCUCAUGGUGCAGGUCAACUGCGAGACAAGAUAUCGCAGACUUGUCCGUCGACGUCCUGCAUGA